AUGUCGAGUUCUGCCUCUGGCGACUCGGGCGCUGGUGGCCGGUCAAUGGAGUCCCGAGUGGGCAGAAGCAAGCAACGUUACAACACCAAGGGUGAACGUCUCGUCGCUGGCAUCGUGCCCCUCACACCCGAUCAGAACUAUGUGCUGUUGAUCCAGUCCACCCGGCGAAAAGGUUGGGUCUUGCCCAAGGGCGGCUGGGAAUCGGACGAGACGUGCCAAGAGGCCGCCGAGCGAGAGGCUUGGGAAGAGGCCGGCAUCACCGUUCAGAUCAGCUACGACCUCGGCGACAUCGAUGAGAAGCGCGCGCCCAAGUCAUCAAAAGACCGGUCAAGAUACCACUUUUUCGAGGGCGUCGUCACUGGCGAGUAUGACGACUGGCCCGAGAGCCACAAGCGCGAACGCCAGUGGUUCUCUUUUGCUCAGGCCUGGGAAGCCUUGUCAACAAGACCAGAGCUGCAGGAGGCUUUGGAGCGGUCUACCAUGAGCCGGGCAUAG